AUGUCAGGCCGUGGAAAGGGAGGCAAGGGUCCUGGCAAGGGCGGCGCCAAGCGCCACAGGAAGGUGCUCCGCGACAAUAUCCAGGGCAUCACCAAGCCGGCCAUCCGGCGCCUGGCUCGCCGUGGCGGCGUGAAGCGCAUCUCCGGCCUCAUCUACGAGGAGACCCGCGGCGUGCUCAAGAUCUUCCUCGAGAACGUCAUCCGCGACGCCGUCACCUACACCGAGCACGCCCGCCGCAAGACCGUCACCGCCAUGGACGUCGUCUACGCGCUCAAGCGCCAGGGACGCACCCUCUACGGCUUUGGAGGCUGA